CUGCGGCGAGUGUUGAAAGCGUUCAGACGUAGCAGGCGGAAAAAAGCUGGCCCAAAAGCGAAACGAAGGUGAAUGCCAAGGCACUAAGCCAUCAAGAAGUGUGGCAAAGUAGAAAAUCUGUUAAUUAAGGCGCGUGUGAAAAGUGUGAAAAUCAGCAUACAGACUGAAAAUCCGCAAGAGCCAUAAAAAGUGAAAAUUAUCUGUUUAAAGUGGAGUGGAAUGGAAACUCGAUUCUUGCGCCGCAACAGGAAAUAAUUAGUGACUAAAGCUAAAAGUCCAAGCUCCGCAGAGAGAAGAACGGAGAAGGGAGUGGCUUGGAGAAGAACAGUGGACUGAAGACGAGCUGAUCUGAGACGGCUGCUGAAAUUAAAAACAAAAGCCAAGAAAUAUAAAGCCAGAGUGAAAAUGAAAGCUGGCCGCGCCUUUGGCUGCCUUUUCUGGGCCCUGCUCUAUUGUGUGCUCUAUCUGGAUCUAGUCAGUGGAAAUUCCGCCGACGAUGAGUUAAUGGACUUCGACUUUGCUGACUCUAAGGAUAUGGCUCCGGAUGACUGGCAAUUGGAUGAUCUAGAGGAAGCCCAACAGGCGGAACAAGCUAACAAGAAGUUGGAGUCCAACAUGCUGGAUUUCAGUGUUGAUCUGGAUGAACCGGAGCCGGAAAAACAAUUACCACCUUUCGACUGGCGGGAAAAGGUUCUCAGGAACGCUCUGGCCAAAGCCUUGUCGAAUGAGGAACUGCGUCAGAAGUUUGUCGAAGUCAUGCCCAUUCUAAGGGUUCUUUCUUCCCAGCAGCGUUUGGCUCUGUCGGCUUUGAUUUCGGCUCAAAUGAAUGCCAAGAAGGGCCAUGAGCUCAGGUUUGAGCAGGUUCGCAUGAUGUUUGGCAAUGACAAGAAGCUGCUUCUGCCUAUAGUCUUUGACAUCGCCAAUCUCAUUAAGAGUUCCACUCGCAAGUACAUUAACUUGGACUCUGAUCUGGCCUCAUCUGCCCUUUUCCAUACACCCAUCAAUCGUCGCGGAGAUGAUUUGACUGCAGAAGAGUCUCAGCAUGAUGACCAAGUGGGCACCAUUGCCAUUGAUGUGGAGUCAAAGGAGGCCUCCGCUCGGGAGGAACAACCGGAAUCUCUAGAGGAUUUCUUCGAUGAGAUGGGGGCAGAAAUGCUGGAUCCUCAGAUGAUAAAUGAAGCGCUAACGGGCGAUCUCCAUGAAAAUAAAACCAACUCGGCGAAACCAGAAAGUCAUGGCCAAAGAGUUCGGCGUUCGGCUAAUGAGUUUGUCCACAAGUUGACUCGAUCCGUGCCUGCUUCUGUGACUGAGCAGCAACUUUUGGGUGGCAUUGCUGGACGCACAAUUAAACUAAAUACCACAGCUUUUCAGCAGCCAAGUAGCCAAGAGGAGGAGCAGGUUGCAUCCUCUAAUGAUGGCCAGUCAUAUGCUCAGGUAGAGGAUCUCGCUUUUGCUGGUCUUAAUGGCACAGAAAUCCCAUUAAGCGCUGAUGAGAGAUUGGACCUUCAAAGAAACAGCGCUGAGGAUACAGAUGAACCUCUACCAAGUCCCGAGGAACUAAUUGCUGGACCUCGGUAUCGACUGGGAAAGCGACCACUGCCUGGUCAAAAAUCUGCCGCACCCAUUAAACGUAAGAGGGUCACAUCCUCUGUGAGGGGAAGACCAAAGACCGCUGCCAGUUCCCACAAGCCUGUGGUAACACCAGCUCAUAAGAAAUGCGAACGAUUCACCAGCAACAUGUGCAUCCGCACCGACGACUAUCCGCUUGAACAGAUCAUGGGCAGCAUAAGGCGACACAAGAACGCAAUGUCCGCUCUUUUGGCCGAGUUUUACGAUAGGCCCAAUAAUAAUCUGGAAUUCGGAGAUGAGUUUGAUGACUUCAGCCUAAGCAAAAAGAGGCGUGAGGAUGAAGGCAGUGCAGGUGGGAUGUGCCAGAGCGUGGUACGUUACGCCCGACCUCAGAAGGCCAAAUCCGCUUCAGGAGAGUGGAAAUACAUAGUAAACACCGGCCAACACACGCAAACCUUGCGACUGGAAAAGUGCAGCAAUCCCGGCGAGAGCUGUUCCUACUUGGCGCAGACUUAUCGCUCUCACUGCUCACAGGUGUACAAUUACCAUCGAUUACUCAGCUGGGACAAAGUUCGUGGUCUCCAUGUGGAUAUUUUCAAAGUUCCCACAUGUUGUUCCUGUCAGGUGGAUGGUUAUCGACAGCAGUUCCCACCACUCUCCUCUAUUCAGGCCAAGGAUUACUCUCCCAUGAGCAACACCAAUGGGAAUUCAAAUGGAUAUAGUACCAUCAAUGAAGAGGAUCUGGACUAUGCCGAUGAAAGCGAGGAGGACGAACUGGGUCUUCGUUAUCCCUCUUUCAACCAUCGGGAGACCAAUGAGCUUUAUUCCAGCAGUAACAAGGUGCGAGUGAAGCUGCCUGGUAUUAGUACAAGUGUGGGCCCAUACCUAAGUCCCCCAGAUGAUGAUGAAGAUCGCUACGGUGGAUACAAGAGCCCAAGUUCCAGUUCCAGUUCCAAGAAGUAUUACAGCCAGGUGAGCCGCCGACGCCCGCAGCAGUCAGAGGCGCGUCUGGACUUGGAUUUGGCGCCAAGCGAGACGCAUUCGGACCAAGAGGUAAACCUAUUUGCUGGCACACCAAACGGCGGUGCAGAGAAGUCUCGUAUCCCGCUCAAUCGCAAGCGUAUUUAUGCCUCCACCCACACAGCCCCCACCACCGCAACUUCAUCAUCAUCAGCUGCAGCAGCCUCAGCUGCAUCAUCAUCGUCAGCAGGAGGAGCUCCCGUCCGCCUACGAUUUCCACAGACCACAAGUCUACCAGCCCGAACGGGAACCGCUGCCCUUAGCCCGGGAUCCAGCUAUGUUGCCGGUUACAGCGCCAGUUCUGGCCUCUCCAGUGGUGUCAUCUCCAGUGGUGCCCCUGCCCAUGCCGCCCAUGCCCAUCAAACUGGUGCCGUCUCACCACCAGUCGCAUCACCAACAGCUGCAUCACCAUCACCAGGCCGGCAGCAAGGUGGCAGCAAGUCGCGACCCCGCUUCUAUGCACCACCAGCCUCGACGGCAGUCCCAGUGGUCUCCGACUCAGCGUCGUCACUUUCGACCGAGCGCACCACUCAGUGGGAGCGGGAUCAGUCGACGGCACUACCACAACCGCCGGCCGUCUAUCCAGUAGGCUCAAUCUUUCCCAGCGGCGGUAGCAACGAGAUGUCGGGCAAGAGGAUCAACUACAAUUACCAUCCCAUCAUUGAUUUCUUCGAGAAGAAUCGCAGGGCAGAGGCGGCGGCUACAGUUAAUCCGGUGGCAGAUGAAUCCCGCAUUGUGGAGCAACGCAUAUACCCUCAGAAUAAUCCCAAAUCUCAACAAACAAAUGGCAUGGGCUUGGGCAUGGAGAGCAUCGCUGGAGUGUACCAACAUCCCAUACCCGUGCCCAAAACUCACGAACGGCGCAUGGGUUACAGGGCAAAUGGUGGCGUGGGUGGUGCAGGUGCUGUGGGUGGUGGUGCUGGUUUCGUCAGCGAUAAUGCCUGGCUGCCCAUGGUUGUGGAGUAGGUUAAGUCGCAUGAGUUUAUCAACCUCAAUAUCCCUAAAAUCUAACGUAUUAACGCCGAUGCCUUAGCUCGUAGUCUCUGCCGUUCCCGCCAGGAGCUUAAUAUUGUAGUUUGUCUAGCUCGCUCCUAAUCUCAACCCCAUAUCCACCCAAUCCCAUCUAAUGUUUAACCAACUAUGUUUAUUUAUUUAUUUAUUUUGUAGUGUGUAGUGCAAACAAUAUGAUAUGACCUCGUUGUUGGGGAGGUUUAAUUGGUCAAAAGCUUGGUCGACUUGUCGUCAGAGUUUUAGCAAU